UCUCAUCCUCUCUAUCUACCUAGUCUAUUCACCCAAUCCUCAUCAGUCACCCGAAUAGAAUCCUGCAUUAUUUUCUGGUCAAUCACUUGCACCACACCAAGAAUACUAUCUGUCAUUUCAAGAACUGCCUGCCUCUCAUCUAAUCAGCACAAAAGCUUUCGAAAUCUCGGGGUUUUCUCACUAGAG